UAUACGCAUCCAUAUUUUUCUGGACACUCAAAGUGUGCACGUUCUCUUGUGAGAAACUAAAGCUUUUUGUGAUUCUCCGGCAGAAAUAUCAAUAAAUUGUGAACAAAAUGUCACUCGCGGCAAAAAGACUGCUUCCUCUUUUGGAUCGUGUCCUAGUUCAGCGUGCUGAAGCCAUAACCAAGACCAAAGGCGGUAUUGUGAUUCCUGAGAAGGCCCAAGCUAAAGUCCUCCAAGCCACUGUUGUCGCUGUCGGCCCAGGAGCCCGGAAUAAGAAUGGCGAUCACAUUCCCCCAGCUGUAAAAGUCGGAGACAGCGUGUUGCUUCCAGAAUUUGGCGGCACAAAGGUCGAGCUAGCAGACGAUAACAAGGAGUAUCACUUGUUCCGGGAAUCAGACAUUUUGGCCAAAAUCGAAUAAUUGUUUAAUCAAUUUUUCUCUUUCCAAUCUCUUGCUUUUCUUUGGGUGGAAAUUUUUAAGUUUAAAAAGUAGAAUAGAAACUGCAUUUACAUAUAAAUUUCAGAGGAAAGGAUACAAAGGAUAUCCCUUGAAUUAACGACAUUGGGUGACAAGUUGUUACUCUUUUAGUCACCCCAUAAGUGAACUGAAGAAAAAGAACACCAUCUUAUUUGUACGUAGAUCGUUUAUAAUAAAAUUAAUUACAAAAUGGGA